AUGGACGAGAGAGGCAUCUUAGAAUCCAUUUUACAGUUCACGCAUUCGCCAAUGUGGCGUACCCCCGUUGACAACUUCAUUGACGAGAGGUGUGCCCUCUUCACGGACGAUGAAGAGAUGAAGGUCGAGCAGACAGAGGUACACAUGCAAUUUCGAAAAAUUACCGAUGACAUUCUUUCUAAAUACGUGAAGGAGCUAGGCAUAACGCUAGAGGACGCGCUGAAUGCUGUGGUGAACUCCAUGGACACCGCGAGCCAGACGAACAGGCUUGGCAAGAAGUUCAUGCAGGAAAUCUUCUAUAUCGAGGAUUUCCCCACCUUCCACAAGAUGAUGGUGCGACGCAACAUCGAGCUCGACAUCCUUGCUCAGUGUGAAAUCAGUCAAAAACGUGAGAACAGUGGUGCAAAAACUGCAAAUGAUGAGGAGGAGGCGAUGAGGCUCGCUAUCGAGGCUUCUCUUAACGAUGAGGAGAAGACCCGCCGUCUAAUGGAGUUGGAGGAUCUGCAGCUACAGGAGGCACUCGCCCUAUCUAUUGCUGCUGAGCACGAGCGGGCCCGCAAUACGUUCGAGAAAAUCAGCCAGGAGGCCGUGGAGGAGGCCAAAGUGGUUGGAAAAGCUGCGGCUGAAGAAACCAAGUUGAAAAAAUUAACAGCUGCGGAGGAGGAAAAGGAAAAAACUAUUGUUAAGUUGGAGGAGCGCGCACUCGAGGUGCGCCAGCAGGCGAUGCUGCAGCGUCUUACGGCAACCAUGGUUGUGGAACCCACUCCAGUUGCUCCAAAGAAGGAGGCACCGGCACCAGCACCAGCGAAGGCGCCCGCCGAGAGCAAACCUGCCGCCACUGCUGCGAAGGCCCCCACAGCACCUCCUGCCGUUCCCCCAGGGCCACUUUCCCGGGGUCGCCCAAUCAUGCCAAGCCUUCAUACCGAUCACGGUGCAGAUUCUGGAAAAAAGUUUGGCUUCUCGAAGUUGCCUACGCACCAACCGUCCUUCAAGCAACUUGAGGCCACGAUGGCGAAAGGGAUUGCAGGAGCAUCAUCUGCAGGUGGGGGUGCUGCCGGUGCUGGUGCUGCUUCUUCAAAAGUCGAGGACGAGGAAUUGGCACGUCGUGCAGAGCAUAUGCGGAAGCAGAGGGAAUUGAUUCUGCAGAAAAACAGAGAAACCCGUGAGGAAGAGUUAAGAAACUACAUGAACACAAAGACAACCAACCCUGCUGAUAGCUCUGUUGGCAGAGUGGAGAGGCAGAUGACAUUGGAUCUUGCACAACGUUUGCGCAACGACAUUCUUGAUGAAACAAAGAAAUAA